UAAGACAAAGUCAUUCGGUUAUUUAACUUAUAAUUGUUUUCAUGUAUCUUAUUUUGUAAUUUGGAAAUUCUUCUUCUUUCUUAAUGAGUUUUUAGUUUUUUCCUAACAGACUAGUUUGGUCGUUUGCCAUACAGUUUAACCUGCUGCUAAUAAUUAACUUUAACGCCCGUACAAAUAUUUACGAAACAUAUUAACAAUAUUAUAGAUUCAUAAUGGGUAACGAAAGUUCGCUGCCUAUGGAAUUAUGCUCAAACUUUGAUGUGGAUGAAAUUAGAAGAUUGGGAAAACGUUUUCGGAAGCUAGAUUUGGACAACAGUGGUGCACUUAGUAUUGAUGAGUUCAUGUCCUUACCCGAGUUACAACAAAACCCUUUAGUUCAACGUGUCAUCGACAUUUUUGAUGCAGAUGGUAAUGGUGAAGUAGAUUUCAAAGAAUUUAUUCAUGGAGUUUCACAGUUUAGUGUUAAGGGUGAUAAAGAAAGUAAACUACGAUUUGCAUUUAGAAUUUAUGACAUGGAUAAUGAUGGCUUUAUAAGCAAUGGAGAAUUGUUUCAAGUAUUAAAAAUGAUGGUAGGAAAUAAUUUAAAAGACACACAAUUACAGCAAAUUGUUGAUAAAACUAUAUUAUUUGCUGAUAAAGAUGAAGAUGGCAAGAUCAGUUUUGAAGAAUUUUGUUCGGUUGUUGGUAAUACAGACAUUCACAAAAAAAUGGUUGUGGAUGUUUAAAUACUCAAAAAAUAUAUAUAAAAUAACUUUAUGUGGUAAUUCCUGCUUAAUUCCAUAAAUUCACUAUUAAUAAAAAAUUUAUUGGAUAGUUGUAAUUAACUAAGGUCUGUCUAGAGUGAAUUUACAUGAAUAUUAAAAGUAAGUUUUCAAUAAUUCUAAAUUAACUUACAUGUAAUUUUGUUGUUGCUAUGAUCUUUUCCAUGAUGCAAUAUAUAUACAUAUUAAAUAGAUUAUUACACCGUUAAUUUUUAAGAGUUAUGCACAUUAUUACGUGCAAUAAAAAUUUUGUGGCCCGAGUUAAUAUUUUAUUAUUUAUAUUUUAUUUAUUUAUGAUUUUUAUUUAUUUAGUACCAAAAAUAAUGCAGUACCAUCAUAAUAAUCAUAGAGAUUAUUUAUAUCCUAUUAUAACUUAUACUUUUAUUUAAUUAGUGUUACUUCUUCCUGAUAACAACAGUUUUUUUUAUAUUUAAAUAUACUUGUAUCAUUAAUUAAUGUUAAUUGUUCUUCCAUUAUGAGAUGUAAUUGAAGUGUUGGAUAUCCAUGUAAUUUUGUAGAGUCUUUCAGUACUCAUUGCAGAGGGGUGUUUUGAAUUCAUCAUAAUUAAAUCUUCAACAAAAUGUAUUCUAUUAUAUUUAAAAAGUCACAUUUUAAGAAACAAAAAAAAAGUUAUACUUCAAUUUUGUAUAAGUUAUUCAUUAAAUUGCAACAGUAGAGGAAUAUUGUGUGUUUGAAAGAGACAUAGACAACGUUUUGGAUCAUUGUAGAAAAAGAUCAUAGUAACUGUGAACCAUAGAAGUGAUCCAUAUGUGUCAAGACUGAAAUACGAAUGGGACCUCUAUGACUUUCGAACGCGCAAUCAUAGGAUUAUUGUUGUUCGCUAAGUGAGUACUUAAAGGAUAACUUAUGACAAAAAAUUAUAAAUAUUAUAAAUAAUAAUGUUAUGUCGUUAUAACACACACAUAUAUGUUAAAUAAUCUUACUGAAUCGCAAAAAUAUCAGAUCAAAUCUCUGUGUUACUAAAACAUUGUGUCAUAUGUGAUUGUAGAUGAUACAUAUUAUAUUUAUAUAUCUACAUGUGCACUUUUACUAAUAUAUGAUGUAUUGAUCUUUUAUUGCUAUUGAAUAUACUGUCAAAACUUAUAUUAAAAAUA